CUCCGUAGUGACGUGGUUCCCAAGACUGCUGAGAACUUCAGGGCCCUGUGUACUGGUGAGAAGGGCUUUGGCUACAAGGGCUGCAGCUUCCACCGUAUCAUCCCUGGUUUCAUGUGCCAGGGUGGCGACUUCACCAACCACAAUGGAACUGGUGGAAAGUCCAUUUAUGGCAACAAGUUUGCAGAUGAGAACUUUACACUGAAGCACACUAAAGAAGGUGUCCUUUCAAUGGCCAACGCUGGACCAAACACCAACGGGUCCCAGUUCUUCAUCUGCACAGCAAAAACCUCAUGGUGAGUACCGAUACUCACUCUUACUUUUAGUUGGGUA